GAUCAACAAAUCUUUUCCCUUUCAUAUCAUGUAUUUCAGCAUUGAAACCAGUUUAAGAGCUAGCAGGUUUUAUUGUGAAGCGAAUCAGACUCCCCUGACCAGGAAAGGGUAUUCUUGCUUGGUGGCAGCCUGGUUUUCGCAUGAAGUGGCAACUGUCCAAUUUAACAUCACUUCCUUCCCAUAAUCAGCUGUGCAGGUAUUUGGCUUUCCCUUUCGCUUCAUAGUUCUGGUACCCCAACUUCAUCAUGGCUACCAAAAUAACUUCUGGAAUAAACAUACCUUUUCUGCUCUCUAAUUUUUCUGGUAAGAUUAUUGAUACUUGAAUACCAUUAGCAUGAGCUGGUUUCUCACCUAACAAGUGAUCACACUAAAUGAAUGGCAUUAACUCUGAAUUCUUCUGUAAAGAAACAGCCUCACUCUUUCUUUGCCAUCGCUAUUUGUUUAUAUUCAAUGACGGUUUAAGAAAUACCAAGUGAGGGGAGCAAGGACCUUGUGAAUGAACGCAUAUAAAUUCAAGCAAUGGCAAUCUUGAUGUACCAAAAACGGAGAAAAACCCGGAACAGGGAUGGAAAAUGUCAAGUUUCCUCUGCUGAUCAUCUUGGCAGUGCUCUUUGUACUGCCGGAGGUAAAGUCCGAACUAAAAUUUCCAUUACCACCACAUGAUCUGCUCUGCACCUCCCAAUUUGCAGUGGCAAAUCAUGCGUGUGCAUUUCUGCCGCUGGUCCCUCUGCCUACUGCUGCUCAUCUUCGUUCUCCAUCCUCUCCAUCUCCACUCCCUCCUUCCCCUCAUGGAGGGCAUAAUCAUGGCCAUAGACACGGACCCCCUCCUGAUGAUGGAGGACAUCAUAUUCACGAGCAUCAUCCCAGGCGUAGACACGGACACAGGCAUGGACACGUAUACAGGUACGAGGAAACAAGUGAAGAAGAUAAUUGCUGCAAAUGGUUGAAGACAAUGGAUAAUGAAUGUGUCUGCGCCGUUCUGGCUCACUUGCCUCCUUUCCUCUCAAGACCAAUCCAUAAUUACACCGUCCAUGUUGAUGACUCCUGUGAUAUUAGUUUCCUAUGUGCUGGCGGAUUAAAACCUUGAAACCUCAUAUUUUCUAAAAUUAUGUUUCUCUAUAUGUUUGAAUAUUGAAUUAGUAAUAAUUCCGUAGUUAUUAUACGAAUAAAUGGAACUUACUGAA